AUGACCAACGCCAAAUCCACCACACUCAAGGAUUGGCUUAGGGAUGAACUCAAGGCUGGGAAAAUCUGUCCCAGCAAAUUGUCCAUCAGUUCCCCUGUCAUGUUUGUGCCAAAGAAGGAUGGCUCCCGCCGGCUGGUAGUAGAUUAUUGUUGCCUUAACAACCGGACCAAGAAGAAUGUUUAUCCGUUACCUUGUCCUGACAACCUUAUGGCCCAGCUCCGUGGUGCCAAGGUUUUCACCAAAUUAGAUCUAAGAUGGGGUUACAAUAACGUACAAGUUAAAGAAGGUGACAAAUGGAAGACCGCCUUCCGCACCAAAUACGGUCUCUACAACUCCCUUGUUAUGACCUUUGGCCUGACCAACGCUCCUGCUGCCUUCCAACACUUCAUGAAUGAAUUGUUCAAGGACCUGUUAGAUGUAUGCGUCAUCAUCUACCUUGAUGACAUCCUGAUUUACUCCAAGGAUGAUGCAACUCACACUCAACACGUUCACAAAGUUCUGCAAAGGUUGAUGGAUAACCAAUUGUUCUGCAAGGCUUCCAAAUGCACUUUCCACGUCACCUCUGUGGAAUACUUGGGGAUAAUUGUGUUGGAUAAAGGGUUUAGCCUAGACAAGCUCAAGAUCCAAGUGGUCCAAGAUUGGCCAACACCCACCAAGGUUAAGGAAGUACAGUCCUUCCUUGGAUUUGCAAACUUCCUACGCCAAUUUGUUGCCAACUUUAGUCACGUGGCCAGACCAUUACACAACCUGGUCAAGAAGAACACGCCAUGGAAGUGGGAAACAAAGGAACAAGAAGCAUUCCAAGGGCUGAAAGACGCCAUCACCAAUACCCCUGUCCUCUGUCACGCAGAUCCCAGCAAACCUUACUUCCUCAAAAUGGACGCAUCCGGCACAGCCUUGGGUUCCAUACUAAGCCAACAACAGGAGGAUGGGCGCCUACAUCCACUAGGGCUCCUAUCAGAAUCAUUUAAGGGUGCUGAGCAAAACUAUGACACCCACAAUAAGGAACUCUUGGCCAUUAUCCGGUCAUUUGAGUACUGGCACAUCUUUCUGGAGGGGACCCUGCACCCAAUCACGGUUUUUACAGAUCAUAGGAACUUGGAAUACUGGAAGGAAUCAAGAACCUUUAACUCUGGGUACAAUUUCCAGAUUGUCUACCGCCCUGGGAAGCAGUCAGGAAAACCAGACGCCCUAUCAUGCCGCUCAGAUCACGCCAACAUUCCCCCCGCAGAUCAGACUAUGCUCCCUGACCCUGUGUUUGCCAACGUAGCCUUAGUCACACCUGAGAAGGAACUACAAUGCCAAAUCAAGGCUGCACUAGAUGAGGACAAAUCCUUGGAGGAGAUACUACAAUUCCUUCAGAACAAAUCAAAAGCCCUGCCUUCUAUCAAACGCGCUUUCAAAGAUUACAAAAUGGAGGCAGGAUUACUAUUCUACCAAGGAUGCAUUGUGGUCCCUGAUGUGGGUACCCUGAGGACCAACUUACUACGGAUAUUCCAUGACAGCCCCUUGGCUGGACACCCUGGCAGGCAAUGGACCCUAGAACUGGUUUUGCGUAACUACUAUUGGCCGGGCAUCCGCGCAGACACGUAUUGGCAUGUGGACUCCUGCAAGAUUUGCCAACAAAUCAGGAAACCCAAGUACGCCUCCAUCCCUCCACAGCCACUUGAACUCCCAUCCAGGCCCUGGCAACACGUCUCCUAUGACAUGAUUGUAGACCUUCCAAAGGACAGAAACAAUGACUCCAUCCUGGUCAUAGUAGACAGCUUCACAAAAUACAGAAUCUUUGUGAAAUGUUCCAAAAAGCUCAAAGCACCCAAGCUAGCGGAGCUGUUCCUGGAACACAUGUGGAAACGCCAUGGGAUGCCAGAAAAAACCAUAUCCAACAGGGGAAGGGUCUUCAACAACAAGUUCUUGCGGGCCUUGUACAAGCGUCUUGGCAUUGACCCCCACUUCUCUUUGGCCUAUCACCCUCAAAGCAAUGGACAAACGGAACAAGUCAACCCUUCUAUUGAGCACUUCCUCAGGGCCUACUCAGGAGUUAACCAAAGAGACUGGACCAAAUGGCUCCCUAUGGCAGAAUUUGCAUACAAUAAUGCUGUACAUAGCAGCACAGGCAAGACCCCUUUCAGAGCCUUGUAUGGGUGGGAACCUACCUUAACUCCAUCCAAUAUACCAAUGGACGUCCCCAAGGCCAACAAACUUGCCCAAACUAUGGAAGACCAGUGGAAAGAAGUAGAAGCAGCACUCUGGCAAUCUAAGACAAGGAUGACUGCCAGAGGGGAAGGUCAACCAACCAAAUUUGAAGUAGGGGAAGAAGUUUGGCUGGACGCCAAAAACGUUAACCUCAAAACCCUGAGCCCCAAGCUAACAGAGCAACGCCUGGGACCAUUCAAGGUUAGCAAGAAAAUCUCCGACCACGCCUACUGGCUUGAGCUGCCCCCAACUAUGCAUAUCCACAACGUCUUCUACGUAGGACUCUUGUCAAAGGUCAAGAGGGAUGAUAAGCGCACCUUUGAAAAUCGCCCCCCUCCAGUCACUGUGGAUGGGGAAGAGGAAUAUGAGGUGGAAGGAAUAACGGACAUGGAGGAAAGGGAUGGAAAAUGGUUCUUCAGAGUCAAAUGGAAGGGCUAUGGACCAGAAGAAAAUACGUGGGAACCCCAAGAGAACCUCAAAAACGCGGGGAAAAUUUUGAGGAAGUACAAAGAAGAAAUGAGAAAGAAGGCCCUUGGCGCUGCCAAGGCCCUUAGAAGGGGGGCAGUGUUGUAG